UUACGAGGGCCUGAACCCGCAGGACAAGGGGCGAUGGUUUUAAGCUUAAUGGUUUAGGUUUAGACUAAAUGUAAGGGAGAAUUUUUUUCUGCUGGAGAGUGGUGAGGCACUGGCUCAGGUUGCCCAGAGAAGCUGCGGAUGCCCCAUCCCUGGCAGUGCUCAAGGCCUCUUGGAUCCUGUUGGAUGGGGGUUUGAGCAACUAGAUCUAGUGGAAGGUAUCCCUGCCCAUGGCAGGGGGCUUGGAACAGCUGUAAUAACUAGCAGAACGCUACAGAACAGCACGUGUUGUAAACGAAGCUGCGUUCUGUGAAUAGUAAACAUCUGAAUGUAACUUCUUUAAAUCAAUGUGAGUGAGGUGAGAGGAUGGUACAAUGGAUUUAGGUCUGGAAUUCAAAACUGUUCAUUCAGGAUUUGUUGCAUUUGUGUUGCUGGCAUUUGGGGGUGUCAGCUUUAGAUCUUGGUGCCUUCAGCAGCAUCCUCAGAUCUUGCCGUCAGUCAGGGACUGAUUUUCAGUCUUUAAUUUUUUAUGUAUUCCCUUGCCUCGUGCUGCAGUUGGGAAUGUCCAUCCUCCCAGGAAGGAGGUGAUGUGAAUUCCCUCCUGCAGGGCUGAGGUGACCCUCGGUUAUUGUUGAGGGACAGGCUGUGCAGGAACUGCUGAUGAAACACUGCCCAGGAGUUAGUGGGCCAGCAAGGGUGUCCUGCUGCACAGAAGAACUUAGCGCUGCAUGUAAAUACCAGAACUGGAGUUUAAGUUUCAAAAUAAGGGAUCUGUGUAAAUUAAAGCAUCUCAACAAAUUGAUGGCAUUUCCUAUCAAAUGGGUGUAGGGAGUAAAGCUGUCAUUUUUACUUAGAAAUUAUGGCAUCAGCACGUUCAGACUUCUCAGGUGUUGGCUUCCCAGACUUGCAGUUACCUACUGUUUCUUGAUUUUCCCCUUAACUUUCCUGAGAACUUGGCAGCCAAACCAUUUGUGGAUCAACUUCUUUAUUUUGCAUAGUGGUACACAAUCAUACUAUCUGCCUGGGAAAAACAAAGUAAAUGACUUCCAGCUUUAAAAUUAAAUGUCUGUGCUUGUAUGAAAGAAUUCUUUUUGUUCUACAUAAGCAAAGUUUGACAGCUCGACAGGACUGAAAGCAGAAUCUUGGCCUUUUAGUUCUUAAACUGGUGAAUUUUACAAGUUUUAAACUUGUAAAUGUAGUAAUUACAGAGCACCAACGGGAAGACCUAACAAUGAUCCCUGAUUUCUGUAAAUUGUUAAUGCUUGGAGCAAAUAGUGAGGCUCUGAAACCAGAGCUGUUCCCGGCAUACUCUGAUAUCCCACUGGGUAAGUUAAGAGUUGCUGCUCUGGGCCCGUGAGCUCUUGAUGUUGUGUUGCUGGUUGAUUGUUUUAGUCCUCUCUCCUCUGGAACAGGAACAUGCCCAAGAAAGGAGGGAAGCAUGCUGAAAUGGGAAAAGAAACACAGGCGCAGUGUAAACGAGCAAAGCUGGAAGCAGCUUGUUCUCCGUCAGUCCUGAGUUUUGAGAACCCAGGCAGCCUCUUCGGAAGCUUGAUCUCCCCCAUCAAAGAAGAGGUGUUUUUCAAGGAGUACUGGGAGCAAAAGCCACUGCUUGUCCAGAGAAAUGAUCCCCUGGUGGCUGCUUACUACCUGUCCCUGUUCCAGCUGUCAGACUUGAAGGAGCUGUGCAGUCAGGGCCUGUACUAUGGGCGAGAUGUGAAUGUCUGCAGGUGUGUGAAUGGAAAGAAGAAGGUUCUAAAUAAAGAAGGCAAAGUGAAUUACAUGCAGCUGAAGAAGGACUUUGACCAGAAAAAGGCAACAAUACAGUUUCAUCAGCCUCAGAGAUUUAAGGAGGAGCUGUGGAAGAUUCAGGAGAAGCUGGAGUGCUACUUUGGGUCUCUGGUGGGGUCCAAUGUUUACAUCACUCCCCAGGGAUCCCAGGGCCUUCCCCCUCACUAUGAUGAUGUUGAGGUGUUCAUCCUUCAGCUGGAAGGCGAAAAACACUGGCGGCUCUAUAAACCAACAGUGCCUUUAGCUCGGGAAUAUAAUGUGGAAUCAGAGGAUAGGAUUGGGAAUCCCACACAUGAGUUCAUAUUAAAGCCAGGUGACUUACUGUACUUCCCAAGAGGGACCAUCCACCAAGCUGACACUCCUCUUGGGACCUCCCAUUCAACACACGUGACCAUCAGUACCUACCAAAACAACUCUUGGGGAGAUUUCUUACUGGAUGCAAUUCCUGGCCUGGUGUUUGACACAGCAAAAGAUGACGUGGCGCUGCGGACGAGCAUCCCAAGGCAACUGCUGAUGGUGAAUACAGCUGACUCCACCAAGAAGCUGAGCAGCCUUUUGAGGAGGCUUGCAGACCACCUGGACCACACCAGGGAACUGAGGUCAUCCGACAUGAAGAAGGACUUCAUCAUGCACCGGCUGCCGCCUUGCUUGGGAUGUGACUCCGAUUCCUUGAUUCCAGGUGGGAAAUUGCCAAAAAUAGACAGCAAAAUCAGACUGCAGUUCAGAGAUCACGCUCUCAUCUCCGUGGAACCAGAUCAAGAGAAUGCUGAUGAAAUCCGCAGGGAGAUGGUUUAUGUGUAUCAUUCCUUAAAGAACAGGAGAGACACUCACAUGAUGGGGACAGAUGACACUGCCAGUGAGGAUGGCACGGCACAGCAGACUCACGGGCUGCGCUUUCCUUUGUCAUACUUGGAAGCACUGAAGCAGAUUUGGAGUAGCAGCACUGUUCAUGUUAAAGAGCUUAACCUCACCUCAGAUGAAGAGAAGGAAAACCUUGCCUUGUCCCUGUGGAGUGAAUGUCUGAUUGAAGUUCUUUGAUGCUUCUGUGAAUUAGCUGCUCCUCUAAAGGAGUGUUUCUGGCUAUUAAGCAUCUCUUGAGAGCGAGGCUUAUUAAAUUACUUUUUUAUCCAUCC